AUGAGGGCGUGGUGGAAAGAAAGCACCGUUUACCAGAUCUAUCCUGCAUCUUUUAAGGAUUCCAACGGAGACGGCAUCGGCGAUCUCAGAGGAAUCCUCUCAAAGCUUGAUUACAUCCAGGCACUCGGCGUGGACAUAGUAUGGCUGAACCCGAUUUUCAGCUCUCCCCAAGUCGACAUGGGAUAUGAUAUCUCCGACUACUACAACAUCCAUCCACCGUACGGAACGAUGGAGGACGUGGAUAUGUUGGCUAAGGGGCUUCGUGAGCGAGGAAUGAAAUUGGUGAUGGAUCUGGUCGUCAAUCAUACUUCAGAUCAGCAUCCCUGGUUUCAAGAAGCCAUUUCUUCAGUCUCUAGUCCGCGUCGUGACUGGUAUAUUUGGAAGAAGCCAAUAAUAGGAAAGGAUGGCAAGCCCCAGCCUCCCAACAAUUGGAAGUCAUAUUUUGGAGGAAGUGCAUGGGAGUACGACGACCGAUCUGGCGAAUACUAUCUGCACCUUUUUGCCAAAGAACAGCCGGACCUCAACUGGGAUAACGUCGAAGUGCGGAAAGCGGUUCAUAGGAUCAUUCGAUUCUGGCUGGAGAAGGGUGUUCAUGGUUUCCGUAUGGAUGUGAUUAACUUUAUCAGCAAGGACCAGAGUUUCCCAAAUGCGGCGAUUGUUAGCAAUUCCAGGUGGCAGAAUGGAUCGGCGCACUACGCGUGCGGACCAAGGCUCCAUGAAUAUCUGCAGGAAAUUGGUGCGAUCCUCAAGGAAUACGACGCUUUCUCGGUAGGAGAAAUGCCCGAAGUGAAUGACUGUGACGAAAUUUUAAAGGCUGUCGGUUUUCAACGUGGUGAGCUAAACAUGAUCUUCCAUUUUGAGAUUGUAUCCCUCGACCAUGGUGAAGGCGGCAAAUUUACUCCUAAAGAUUGGAAAAUGCAAGAGCUGAAGUCUGUGGUAGCGAAAUGGCAGAAGUUCAUGCACGAGAACAAUGGAUGGAAUGCGCUAUACCUCGAAAACCAUGAUCAGCCUCGCAUUGUUUCGCGAUUCGGCUCAGACCAGCCGGGCAAUCGUGAACUGUCAGCUAAGAUGCUGGCGGCUUUCCUGGGCUUCCAGAGCGGCACCUUGUUCAUAUAUCAGGGUCAGGAACUGGGGAUGCCGAAUGUGCCCAGGCAUUGGGGGAUUGACCAAUAUCGGGAUAUCGAAACAUUAAAUCACUGGAAAGAGAUUGUCUCUGAAGGACUUGCAGAUCCAAACGUCUCCCUUCAGGAGUACAGGUUGAAGUCAAGGGAUAAUUCGCGCACACCAAUGCAAUGGGACGGAUCGGAAAAUGCGGGCUUUUCCACCUCCAAGCCAUGGAUAUCUGUUCAUGAUGACUACAAGACCUUCAAUGCCGCCUCGCAAAUAGCUGAUAAAAAUAGCGUGUAUCACUUUUGGAGCGCAAUUCUUGGCCUACGAAAAGCGUUCCCUGAUAUUCUCGUAUACGGAUCUUUCGAUAUGAUUUCCAGUGAGCAUCCGGAUAUAUUCGGUUACAAGCGAGUGUCAGAUAACGGUCGAGUGGCGGUGAUUGUCGCCAAUUUUCGCCCGUGGGUUGUCACAUGGACGCCCCCGCAUUUCAGCAAGAUCAAAUCCGGGGGAAUUGUCUUGACCAAUUAUCCUGGCCGCCGAAGUCUCAAGUGCAUUUCCGAAGAGCCGCUCAAUCUUGAGCCCUUGGAGGCUUUUCUGUGGCUUGAAGAUUUGGAGCAGUCGUCACACCUUGGUAACUCUGGUACGUACCAAUCGGUGAAUGUCUUAGUGCACCCCGAAGAAGGCCCGAAUGUAUCCACUAGCAUGCAUCGUCCCCGCGGCGCUCCGGCGAGGUGUAUGGAAAUCUCGUUGGUAUGCGAGUACAAAGAUAUCGCACGCCGGAAAGGCCCUAAGGGCCACCAGGCUCCCGUCUUGACUUCUCUGCGUUCGGCAGUGAAUCCAAAUGGCUCGUCGCCACUGACCAACGACGUUCAGCCUAUCGACAAUGUGAUUGCUGAAUUUUCCCCAGCCUCCAUGGCUUCAUUGAGUGACUUCAUAUCCUCUGUCGGCUAUGAAGUUCCGCUGUUGACGCCUGAAAUAUGCACUGCUGGGUUGGCCCCAGGCCCACCGCGAAUCUCCUCGACACAGCUUCAAGCGCAUUUGCACGUCUUCAUAACAUAUCUAUAUCCCAUCAUGCCAGUUAUAGAUAAAGAUGCACUCCUGAUAGACUGUGCUAACCCGGAGGCAUUGGGUCUCCGUCGUUAUGCACUUCUGGUUGCCCUUUCUGCUGCCGCCCAUUUGCAGCUGAAUCUCGACAUGCCACAAGAGAACGCCCAAGCCGAUAUAUCCCAGUCAGGUCAAAGCCUCCUUAGGGAAGUGUUACGAACCCUGCAGCAAUUCGACCCCCUUGAUGACCCACACGUCGACAACGUUCUGACUAUGUUCUUCCUGUUCGCUGCAUAUGGAAAUCUCCGCAGAACGCAUCAGGCUUGGCACUAUCUCAACCAAAGCAUUUGUUUCGCAUAUAUGCUGAAGCUGAAUGUAGAGUCUACCUACACGAAUUUGGAUCAGUACGAAGCUGAUAGGCUUCGGAGAAUCUACUGGCUUCUUUUCAUUACAGAACGGUAG